CUUCACAAGAAAGUGCAUCAGACUGGAGAAUGUUACUGUAGUACAGACCCAGAGACUCCCAGCUCGCUUCCUGGAACAGAGAUACUGGCUGCCAGCUCGCACCAUCACCAGUUAACAUUCAUCCACAAGCAGAACAAGAGGGGGGAAAAAAAAAAAAGCACACUUGUGUUUACCAACUCCGCUUGCGGAUUUUGUGAAGACGCCUGGCUUGAAAGGGGAGUCGCUGCUGCGGACAGUUUGUUGUUGCUUGUGAAGACAGGGUGAUAACGAGGACGUAUUCUGGCUGCUGGGGAGAGGACUUUGCACUUGCCCUCCUCCCGAACAGGUCCUACCCAAGAGGGGACUGACUCUCUUUAAGAACAGCUCUCUCUCUCUCUCUCUCUCUCUCAGCACUACAGAUUUUGUGUUGCUUUUCUAUGUCUACAAAAAUGGAGCAACCAUUUUACCACGAUGAUACCUUCCUGGCCGGCUACGCGAGUUCAGAGAGCGGUCUCCAUGACUACGGCUCCAAAUACUUAAAGCAGAACCUCAACCUGAACCUGGUUGACCCGUCCAGGUCCCUCAAGCCUCACCUGCGGAGCGUGGAGGACAACCUGCUGAAUGCCCCCGAUGUGGGGCUCCUGAAGCUAGCCUCUCCGGAGCUGGAGCGCCUGAUCAUCCAAUCCAGCAAUGGGGUGAUCACCACCACGCCCACCCCCGGGCAAUACUUCUGCGGGCGGAACAUCACAGACGAGCAGGAAGGCUUCGCAGACGGCUUCGUGAAGGCGCUGGAGGAGCUACACAAGAUCAACCAUGUGGCGCCCAAUGUGUCCAUCUCCAACCCUGGCAUGAGUUGCAGCGCCGCCCCCAACAAUGCCUACGGCUCCUCGGUGCCUACCGAGGUGCCCCCCGUCUACACCAACCUCACCGCCUACAACACCUCCAACACUAUCUCGGCGGCCGGCGGCAGCUACCCCACCGCCACCAUCAGCUACCUGCCCCAGCCCCACGCCUACAACCUGCCGGCCGUGCCCGUGGGUCACCCCCGGCUGCAAACCCUCAAGGAGGAGCCUCAGAUCGUGCCCGAGGUGCAGAGCCGCGGCGAGACCCCGCCGCUCUCCCCCAUCGACAUGGAGAACCAAGAGCGCAUCAAGGCCGAGAGGAAGCGCAUGAGGAACCGGGUGGCGGCCUCCAAGUGCAGGAAGAGGAAGCUGGAGCGGAUCGCCAGGCUGGAAGACAAGGUGAAGACCCUGAAGUCCGACAACGCCGGCUUGGCCUCCACCGCCACCGUCUUGAGGGACCAGGUCUCUCAGCUCAAACAGAAAGUCAUGACUCACAUCAGCAGUGGCUGCCAAAUAGUAUUAACUCAAAAACUACAGGGCUUCUGAGACAGAGCGCGCAGAAUAACGCGAAAAAAAAAGACUGAAGUUUUUCUUCAGAAAGAAAGAAGAGGGAGGGGGUGGGGGGUAAAAGAAGCUUUUGUAAAUCGCACUGGAACUCCCUGGUCCGGUCUGAAGUGGGACUUUAUCUCGACAGAACUUAACAAGCCUGUACACCGGGUAACAGAGGCAGAGAGAACUGUCCAGUGUACAAGGGCAGGCCAAACUCCCGCAAGAAGGGGGAAAAAAAAGUCUUUUUUUUUCCCCUUUGGACUUGACAUAUUAAAGGACACUGAAAUGUCUCUCUCGAAGCUGCACACGAGUUAAUUUGUAAAUUAUUAUUUCAUCAUGUUUUUUUUUUAAAAUGAUUUCCUGGUUUAGUUUGUAACAAACUGUGCUAAAGUUGUGUUUUUUUUGACAAGUUCAUGUUUUAAGUAUUUAAGUAAAUGUUUUGAACUGUGAA